GAUAUUGCCAUAGCCCCGUUGACCAUCACAUCAGCGAGGGAAAGGGUUAUUGACUUCACGAAACCUUUCAUGUCCCUGGGGAUCAGCAUUAUGAUAAAGAAACCAAUGAAGAAAAAACCAGGAGUAUUCUCCUUCAUGAACCCAUUGUCUGAAGAGAUAUGGAUGUGCAUCAUUUUCGCCUACGUUGGAGUAUCUGUUGUCCUGUUUUUGGUGAGCCGAUUUUCUCCGCAAGAAUGGAAAUAUGAAGAACAUUUCAUGGGCCCAAAUGCCUCCAAUGAUUUUUCCCUCUACAAUAGCUUAUGGUUCUCUUUAGGGGCCUUCAUGCAACAAGGCUGUGAUAUUUGCCCCAGAUCGAUAUCAGGGCGCAUUGUAGGAAGUGUAUGGUGGUUCUUCACCCUUAUUAUCAUAUCGUCUUAUACAGCCAAUUUGGCAGCGUUUCUGACAGUAGAACGGAUGGUUACGCCUAUCAAUUCUGCAGAUGACCUCGCCAAACAAACAGAAGUCGAAUACGGGACUCUCAUGUAUUCCUCAACGCAGGAAUUCUUUCGGAGAUCAAAAAUUACUGUGUAUGCCCGAAUGUGGGAAUUUAUGAAUUCCCGGAAACAUGUCUUCGUGCAGUCGUACGAAGAGGGAAUACGGAGAGUCCGGGAGUCCAAAGGGAAAUAUGCUUUCCUUAUAGAGUCCACAAAAAACGACUAUAUAAAUGAGAGGCAACCUUGUGACACAAUGAAGGUUGGACGAAACUUAGAUGCGAAAGGAUAUGGCGUAGCUACUCCUUUAGGAUCAAAUAUAAGGGAUCUUUUAAAUCUGGCUGUUCUUUCAAUGAAGGAAAAAGGUGAUUUGGCUAGGUUGGAAAAUAAAUGGUGGUAUGACCGAAGUGAAUGUAGAAACGGAGAUAGUAAGGAAUCUACGCAAAAUGAACUUACCUUGAGCAAUGUAGCUGGUUGCUUUUACAUACUGAUAGGUGGCUUAAUAUUAGCUAUGGUUGUUGCUUUGAUUGAGUUUUGCUACAAAGCCAGGAAAGAGGCUGCCAGAUCAAAGAUUAGCUUGUUUGAUGCUAUGAAGACGAAGGUACGCUUAUCUAUUACUGGUGAUCCAAACGGAGAGAAUGGAAGGGUACGGACAGGCUCUGUGUAAUUGUUGUACACACCAUCAGCAAGUAUGAUCCUCAUAGAAGGCUUAACGGAGCAACUACAUCCAAAUGAAUAUACUCAAGUCUGAGAAAAGUAGAGUAUUUCAUAAAUCAGAAAUAUGUUACGUCCAUCAUAGAGACAGACAUCCAGAUAAUAUACGAAUGCUCGAAGUUUUAAUGAUAUUCUACAUUAUUCAGAGACUGUAGUUUGUAAUUUAUCUUUUCAUGAGCAAAGCUUAAAUUCCUUCAAGUUGGAUAUUACUGAUCACUCUUUUAAGAGGAAAUAGCUAGUGAAAAGACAUAGUUCGAAGUAUAGUGAAAAAUAGGCUUAUUUUAAACAUUUUAACUAUUAGUGCAGCUAUUUUACCUAAUGAAGUUCCAAUCUUGUCUUCAAUUCUUGCCUUUAUGACGUGAUGUGCAUUUUGCUACGUUACGAGAGCAUAUAAUCUGGAAAACAAAACAUUGUAUUAAAAGUUGAUAAGCACUUAUUUACUGACGAUAUAUUUAUAUAUUGUUAGCUCGUUCAUUCUUGAGCUGCAUAACAACAAUUCUGAGAGUCAUGUAAUGUGACAAUGCAAUCCUUUCGUGGGUCAUGAUUAUUACUCAGCUAUAGUUCCCUACGUGAUGAUAACGUUAACCUAAAAGCUUUAUUUAAGGGUUUUAUUAAUGAAAGGUGGAAAUCAGAUUUAAACUGCUUUAGACAGCAAAAUAAUAGUCGCUUAUUUAUAACUGGUAAGUGAACUGGAGAAAUGGAGAAUCAUCAUAAAUUGUUGAGUAUAAAAUAGUGUUUUAAAGAUGUAGUUUAAACUCUGUGCAGUGAAAGAGAUUAAAUUUGGAAUGUGCAUAUGAAAUAAUUAUUCAGCGAAGUUAUCGGCUGGGCAUAAUAAUAAUUUACUUAUGCAUGAAAUGAUAUAAAUUAUUAUUCCCUAAGCCGUCAUUGAUUUUAAAUUUCCAGGAAAUUCAAUAAGGUCUAAAAAUAUAGUUAUAAGUGUAAUAUUUAGGAUGAACGCAAGCAACAUUCCAUUUAGAAAUUUAAUAUAUUCAUUACCUACCAAAGGAUUAGCUAGGUUCACAGAAGCAAUGUAAAUAUAGUUCUGAUGAGUUGCUUAGUAGCAACUCUGCUUUGUUAUAAUUCAGAAUAGUUGGAAAUGAACUUUUGACAAUCUACUGGAAAUUCAAAGUCUGUGCUGUAAUAGCCACUGAAUGAAAUUUCUUACUAGAAACUACGUUUUUCCUAACGUCAGAGUAUAUAGUCAUUAUCUAUGUUUAAGAUAGACAACUCUAUCACUAAAAAUUUAGGUAACAUUGAAAUGCAACAUAUAUAUUUCCUCGAAAGGAAAAAAUGAGUCUAACGGCAAUAUUCAAAUUACAGGAAGUAAUAUAAUUAGUGGUUUUAAUGUACCAGUAGUUAAGGGGAUUUACAGUUAAUUAUAUCUGUAUUGCAUAUAGAGUUUCUUAACUUUUAGCUGGAAUAGGGGUAAAUUAAGCAAAUUAACAAAAUUGAUGAAAUUUGUUUGGAACUCAGGAAAAGCUUUGCACUUGUUAAAAACUGCAAUAAUUCUUGCUCUAAAAUAAUUUUAGUUAAAAUAAAAAUAAAAAUUUUAUUGAAUUGUUCUCUAUUUAAUACUUACAAUUAGUAUAUUCUGUCUUCGGCUCUGGUAUCUCUAUCGCCUCUAAAACGAAAUUGAAAAACAUCACAGACAUUUAUGCAACCUAUAAGCAAUAUUUCAUAAAAUACAACUGCAGUGUGUAUCAAACAACAGCAAACCCUCAAGAUAGUCGAUAUUACAUAAUAUAUAGUUAAAAAUGUGCAGAAUAUAAGAUUAUGUUUUAUUCCAUUUGUGACUUUUCUUCCCGUCAUGAUUGCCUUGUUAAUAGUUAAUAUUUAUAUCUUCCACUAAGUACAUAUCACAUUUCUAUUUAAGGAGAUAGCGCGCAAUAUUUCGUCUUUCCUGAUGACGCAGGGGGAUGAACAGCAGGCAUGACAUUUGCAUGGUCGGUUAAUCAUGUGGCUGAACGUCACAAUAUAGACGGGAGCUUUAUUGCGUUUAAGAGACAUGUAUCCAGAGUCAUAUGUGCCACAACAUCUUAUAUUAGAAUAUUUUUUUUUAUUCUUACAGCAUUAUCUUGGCACGAGUAAUUUAAAAAUUAAAAACUCAGAAUCAUUUUCGAAAUAUAUAAAUAAAACGAAGGAAAAUUUAAUAAAUCGCAUUUUUUCUUAGAUAAUUUUCUGUAAGCUAAAAUGUGUAAGUUUCAAAUUUAGCAUUGAAACAUUAAAUUUCCGUUUUCGUCACGUUAACACAAAAUCUCAUACUAUAUAUUACUAGAUAAUAGUGGCUCCAUUAGUAUUAUUAGCUUUUUAUAAUAAUGACAUUUCAUCAGAAUAAAACUUGAAAAGGUGUGCUGGACGCCAAAAGUCUUCAAAAAAUGGUGAUAUGAGACUCUUGCAUUUCCAAAUUUUUGACAGUUUUAUCGUUCUAAAAAUACCAUACUUUAACCUGUAUUAAAAUCAGAACCAUAAGAAAUGUAGUUUCAAUUAAUCAUAGAAUGUUUUAAUAAAUGAGUAAUAAUUAUUACAUAAAAAUGCGUUUUUCUCCACAUAUGAUUUUUUUAUAAUUGAAGUACCUUUUCUCGGGAACUACUGCUCUCAGGUAAGUAAAUUCUAUAUCACUUAUUUUAUAUGUUUCCUAAAGUUUACUAAAAUUAGCUUGUUAUGAUAAACUAAGAAAAAAACACAUGUUUACAAUUUGUUUCGUGUUUGUGCGUCUGAAAAAAGUGCUAAAUUUUACUGUGCCUAAUACACUAUUCUAUAAAUUAUUCUAAAACUCAAAAUGUUUCAAAAGAUCAUUUCAGUAUAAUCAGGAUGGUGUACUUUCUGUUUCCUUCAAAAAGGUAGAAAUAUUUCCUAAAUAAUUUCUUGUGAGUUUGAGAAUUAAUACUUUAUUAAAAAGAUUUUCAGCCUCAAAUGCAAGCUGAAGUGCACUCACUCAAUGAGAGAUGUUUCUCCCAUUUUUUAUCAAGAUAUCAUGAGAACUAACCUUGGCCUUUUGCUGAACAUAAUUCUGCUUAGUAGUCUUUCUUUAAUUUUUAUAUGAGUUUAUUACCCUUACCUCGUUUUUUAUUUAUGAUAUGUUAAUAAUUUUAGCAACUUCAUUAAGCCAGCUUCGUGAUGCAAAAAAAUGAACUCUUUUUCGUCUUUAGACGAUUGGCAACUUUUACCACGCUUAUUAGAAAUUAGGCAAAUUUUGUUUUAAAUUAAAUAUAUUAAAAUAUUUCGCUAUCGACCAAAACGGAUUUGUACUGUUUAAAGCCUGUGUGUUUGUUUAGUAUGCCUCAAAAUACUGAAAAGGAAGUGUAUCAGUUUUGAUUUGACACACUUUCACAAACAUAGAUUUGCUAUUGCUAUGAUUUUUUAAGAUUUGCAAAUACAUAUUUGGGAAUUCAAUUACUAAAAAUGAUUUUAAUUUGAAUAUUGUAUGGAAUAUUAAUCAGUAUAGCGAAUGUGUUGCUAAUCAGUAUGCGAAAAAUGUUCAUUUAUAAUUGAUUAUUUUAAGAUUAUUGCUGAAUAUACAUACAUCCACAUUUAUACGAGUUCCACUUUUUCUCAAAAUAUUUAUCUUCGUCUUUAUAUAAUUCAACAGUUCAAGAAGAUCGCAUUAAAAAUCUAUAGUUUUUUCUUAAAGCAUCACCAUGAGAAAAUAAGCUCUGCCAUAACAAUAGCUUCCAUUUUUCAAUGACAGCGCAAUGAAGGAAAUUUCAUAUGCUUUUAAAUAAAUAAGUAGUACCUGAAUUUAGAAAUCUAGAGUAAAAAAUAAUGUAUUAAAUAGAUUAAUAACUUCUUCUAGAAAUGUUAUAAAAAUUGAAACACUCCAAUACUUUGUCGCCAAGACUAAAAAUUAUGUUAAUCACAAUGUGUUGGAAAUUUAAACUGUAAACGUAAAUUAUAUUAAUGGUAUGUUACGGAAAUCUCUCUGCUUUUGUCAGAAUAACAGCGUAUACUUAAAUCCAGCAAUUUAUUGAAAUAUGCCCUUUUCAUUGACGUCUCUGAGAUUUUGCUAAUUUAAUUAUACUUGAAACAUCUCAACAUUCUAGUUUCGCAUCUAUGUAUUAAACACAUAAUUUAUUCCAGGGUUAAUUUGAUAUUACUGAGAAUGCAGGGAUAUCACGUUAAAAACCUUUAUAUUAUUAAUCUUACGCAACUUGGAAUAGAAUAUUUUUAGAGGUCUGUAGAGGAUGACAUAAAUUGGCCUUAGCUAAGAACGUCUGCGCGCUUAGACGCAUAGAGGCUUGAAAAAAUUCUCUUUAACAAAUAUUUACUUUACGUCCUCUUCUCAGAUAUUUAGGAGCAUCUGAUGACAGACUUUGAUUUCAGACGUUAGAAUGUAGUUCUUUAUCAUGGUGUUACACAAUAAAAAUAUAUUUGGACACAUUUCAGAACGCAAAGGAAUCAAAGCAAGAACUACAAAUUUCAGGUAUGUCUAGAUGGGAAGAAAAUUUCGUAUGUUCAUGACUAAACAAUAAAAUAAACCGAUUUUAUUUGUUAUAAGUUAAUCUAUGUAUACUAUAAGAAAGAUGAAGAACUAGACAAUUAAAGCAUUUAACUCAUUAAAUUUGAUUAUUGUUGUAAGAUAAGCUCUCAUUAAAUGUCAUAAGAAAAUAAAGUCAUUUAUAUAUAUAUUUUAAAAUUUUAUGCAUCAGAAAAAAUCUUAUCAGGCUUGCUAAUUAAUAAGAGGGCAUUACUGAAAUCUGAGCAAUAUAACUUCUAAAGCAAAGAUCAUUAUAAAUUUUAAAUUAAAAUUGUGUUUCGGUUGUUUUAUAUAUUUGUUUUGUUAUAUACAAAGAGCAGGAGAUUGUGAAACGUGCUAAUGUCUACAUAUAAUCGCGUGCAAAGAGUCAAUCUACAAUAUUUUACCUCCGUAAUCUAACUGCGUGCAUCUCUUACAAAUUAAAGCAACUUUUGCAUAUGAAAAUCAAUAUUUUCAGAAACAAGAUAAUUUGUCUGCUAUUAACCUUUGGAAAUCAUCCAUGGCGAUAAUGUGGCGUCUUUUUGGUAAUUAAUUCUAUCUUUGGCGAUACAAAUUGGCGCCUCAUUUCCUGAACCGAGGUCAUUUAGUUUUGUACCUCUUGUGAGGAUUCAGCUGAGUGCAUUGCAGUUAACGAUGGGAAUUUCGGAUAAUGGAGCUAAAAAUACAUUAUUUUCUCUCUACCUAGCUCCUUUUUAGUAAAGGCUCUUUAAAAUCGUCGAUCUUGUUAUAACAAAAAGUGCACCGUGUUUAAUUUUUAUGCUGUUUCUUCCGAAAUAUUUCCACAAAAUUGCAAAGAGUUGCCUAGUCGACAUAAUUUGAUACGCUACUUAUUUAAAGAUGUUUAAAUUUCAAAUAAUUGAACUGCAGUUCAUUCAAAAUAUAGAUCAUAAGCAAUGCUAUAUUUUGACAUCUUUUUAACUACAUUGAUAAAAGAUAGAUUUAUUUUUUUAAUGUGGAGAACUGAGAAAAGAGGUACAACGUUGCAUCAAUUUAUCGAUAAAAUAUAGUUAGUUUGCAUUAAAUAUUAAGAAGGAAAUCUAGUUUACUGCAUUUGCAUGAGGAAAAAAUCUUAUAAUCUUUUUUUAGUGUGAACACUUAAGGUGCCUAAACAAUUUAUAAUCAAAUAUUCUGCUUGAUAAGAAAUAAUUUUGCGACUAUUCUGAACACCUUAAUUUUGUACUUUAGAAUAUUUCCUACUACAGAAUACGAGUUUCAGUUCAAACGCUACAAAUAAACAUUUUGCCUACAGAUAAAUUUAUUCUUUGAAAAGCUCUCUUGAUGAAAUAAUGUAAAAACAUAUCUGCUUAGACAAGUAAUUAUCAUUACGUAUGAAAUUAUAUGAAAAAGUAAAAAAAUAUGUAAAAAUAUGUAAAAUUUAAAAAGUAUGCAAAAUGGAUAUAGAAGUUCUUGCUAUUCGUUUAAUUGCGAUCACAAUGUAAGAUUUUAGAUACUUCUCUCAUCCUGAAAUAUGGUAUUUAAUUACAUGCGGUCACAAAUGGAAGAAAAUAAAGAAAAGAAGGAAGAAAAGUUAUUUUUAGGCUUCAUAUUUUCAAUAAAUUAAGUUCAUAAGAGUGUUUCAUUAGGUAACUUUCAUGUAACUUGCGGAAAAUUUAAUUUCACUGUUCUGUACUUGCGUUUCCCAAAAGAGUCUAAAAUUUGAAAUGACUCGAAAGAAUAAAAUAGAAAUCAUUAUAUAAAACUUAAGUAAAGCCUCGUGUAAAUUUUAAAAUAUUAGUUUCUUUACUUCUUUGAAAACUAAAAAAUAAUUUUUAUUUAUAAUAUAUUGAUAAAUAAGUUGUUUCACAUUGCAAAAUAAUUUACUCUUAUAAAACAAAUAACUCAAAAACUCUUAUAAAUUUAAAAUAUUUAUGAAGGAAAUAAUGACAGUAAAUUUACUGAUCACUCUUCCAGUAUAAUAAAAUUGUUAUGCAAUAGAAAAAUAAUAAUAUGUAAGUACACGCAAAUAAAAUUAUAAUUGCGUAUAAUUUCGUGAAUUUCUCUUAAUUCGUAUAAAAGAUAUGGAGUUUCUUUGUUAUAAGUGCUCAUUAACUGUAUUAUUCAUUAUUUAUUUAUUGUAAAACAGUGUUGUUGGUGGGCUUAAAAAUAUCUUCAGAAUGGAAUAAAAAUCACAGCAUAACGGUUU